GCGGCGCGGAGGCAGGAGAGGGGAGCGGGGAGAGGCGGCGGGGAGCGCCGCGGCGGGCCGGCAGCCAUGGUGCUGGUGGUGGUGAUGGGCGUCAGCGGCUCGGGGAAGACCACGGUGGGGUCGCGCCUGGCAGCCAAGCUCGGAUGGAAAUUCUACGAUGCUGAUGAUUACCAUUCUCCAGAGAACAAAAAGAAGAUGGCAGAAGGAAUACCACUAAAUGACGAGGACAGGAUUCCCUGGCUUUGUGUAUUGCAUGAUAUACUAAGGAGAGAAGACUCGCGUAGCCAAGAUGCUGUUCUGGCCUGUUCUGCACUGAAGAAGAUGUACAGGCUUGUAUUAGUUAGCGGAGCAUCUGCAAUUGAAAGCAACCAGCCAGCACAACCAGGAGAAAAGCCAGCACUGAAGAUCCUCUUUGUUCAUUUGCAUGGGCCUAUAAACAUUAUUGCUGGCCGCCUGGAGAAGAGGAGAGGACAUUUCAUGCCACCUGAACUUCUCAAGUCUCAGUUUGAUACUCUGGAGCCUCCUACAGCACCAGAAAAUUUUAUUACCGUCAGUCUAGAAAAAUCUCUCCCCAAGAUAUUGCUGGAGAUAGAGAGUGCCAUUUUGCAGGAUGAGGCUCUUCUAGAGUAAUACCCUGAACUACACAUGCAGAAAUUAUCUUUUAAGAUAUUAAGAUUGUGAAACAGCAUUUUAAUUAUUAAGUUAAAAACUUAAUUAUUAAAUAGAAACAAAUUGUUUUUCUUGGUACUUAAAUGGAUUGCAAUAUUAAGAGCUUUUUUUUUAGUAUUUUUAUCAUGGCUCUGUAGAAGAUGUGCAAGAUGAAAUUUUCAAAAACUGUCAACUUCUUUAACCCUUCACCAUAUGAAGUUAAAACUCCCAUUUUAGGAAAAGCCUGCUUUUGAAUAUCCUGCCAAGGGUCAUACACAAUAAUUAAUUUUCCUCAUUUUAAUUUUUACUCUGUGGACAUGGGCACUUCUGCUAUUAAGUGAUGAAAUAAUUUACAGCUUUGUUAGAAACAAUCUAUUUUUCUAGAAGUGUAAGAGGCAGGAACACGGAUGAUGAAGUUCUGCGCCUGACACUACCACUGUCUCACUACCAGAUCUUCAGUAAAUUGUAGCUUUGUGUCCUAGCUAACCAGGGCACUGGUGACCUCAUGAGAACUUUUGUGAACUCUUACUGAACACCCAGCUGAAAAAUGUGAGGAAAAAAAGGUAGUGGUGGUGAGGCAAUAUACAAAAUGCAAUUAAUUGUAUGGAAAGUUUUAGAAAUAAAGUGUAAGUGGCAUCA